UAAAUUAUUUUCAACAAUGUCUGUUUCGUCAAUUGAAGAAAAACCAAACCGAUUAAUUGGAUUUAUGGCAGGUGUGGCUUCUGGAGUUACCAAACUCCUUGUGGGACACCCUUUUGAUACAAUCAAAGUUCGUAUGCAGACAUCAGAAAUAAAUAUAAGAUUUGAUGGAACAAUUCAAUGCCUGCGGCAAACAAUUCGGAUGGAAGGAUUUCGUGCCUUAUAUAAAGGAGCAACUCCGCCGCUCGUUGGAUGGGGCAUCUUGGAUUCU